GACCAUGGUAAGUUUUUUUAUGGGUUGAUCCCAUUUAAAACACUAUCAAAACACCAUCGCUGAAGAUCAUAGAUGCUAACCCAGAAAUUCACUGAGCAGAAUGUAAUUUGUAAAGUUUCACUAAAGGUCGUAGUAACUCGUUUGACGUAUUGCAAUUGUAGAGUACUUCCGAACUUUGGGAACAACUACGAAAUUAAAAGAUUUUUUCUAAUUUACGCAUGACUUUUUUAAGAUAAUAGAAUCAACUAGUUUAGUUCUGAAGCACGAAAUUUACGCACAUACUUUAUCGAAAUUCUCGAGGUUUGUAGAAUAGCGCUGAAUAUUGCAAAAAUAGUUUCAUCGACAUCAUCUGACGUUCUUAGGAACUCUCUGAUCCAUAUUAUAUUGAAGUUUGCUGAGAUUGUUUGGAAUACGCAAUAGAAUUCUUAGAAAUCUGAAGAAUUAUUCUUGAAAAUAUGUUAGACUUCCCUCGAGUUUAUACGGAUUUUCCAAUAACAGCCAUAGAGCACAUAAGGGUAACUUGAAUUUUGAAACCUCGCUGGACUGCCGAAAAUUAACCGUUGCGGUAUUGCAACAUCUUGUUCAAAGGAGUUGCCAAUGUCCUGCAAAAUAAAGAUUGCUUCCCAAACGACAACGAGAAAGCCUUCGGCAAUACUGCCUCCGAAUCGAUUUAGCAUACGACUGCAUUCAAAAUCGGUCAUAGAGCGGUCCAUAGUUGAAUGGAUUACUGAAAUUUGGAGACAAUAUCAUAACCAUGAGAAGCACUAGAGGCUCUCUUCAAGGAGGAAUGCUGUCACAUAUUAUGUGGUCCCUGGUAGUAGACGGAACGAAUGGAAAAGUGCGGUAUGCGAAGAAACGAGUUACGCAGGUAACAUAGUCAUCACGAUUUGGGGCAAGGAUAAAUCUAAAGCGUGUACGGAAUCAAAUUGCAUCACAAGAAAAUGUUCGCCAAAACUCAUCCAUUCAUCCGAUAGUUUCCAUAAAUUCUUGUUUUCCUUAUUUCUGCUCCGAUUUCACUUGAUUAGGAGCGCCCACUUUUUCUAAAUUGGACGCAAUUUCGAUGCGAGGAAUUAAGGUUCUUUGGCACGAAAUUAACCUCUUUAACCUCGUAUCACACUAGAACGUCUUUAGUGUAAUGGCACGAGUCUAAAUCCAACCAGAAAAGCAUAAAAACGAUUCGGAUUUUGGGAAAUAGAGGUAUUUUAAGGAUUUUUUUUAUAGGACAGCAAAGGAGAAAUAAAGAAACGUAUUUUAACAGAUGGGUUGCAAUAAUUGCAAAGGCUCGUACAUCGGCAUGACAACAAAAUUGAACCGAAUCACCGGACGUCGGUCCAUUCUUUUAAACUCACAACGAUUUAAAAUGCGGGAUACACCUAUGAAGCUGAAUUGAUAAGUUGCACACAUUCAGAAAAGAAAAAUUAAUUAAUUCCAAAAGACGCCCAAACAAUUUAAUUAAACUUCUUUUAUGACUAGCCUCCUUCCAAUUUGAGACCACCGUGCACCCUCACACUCCAUCAACCAGACGAGCAAAUCAAAACAUCACCUCCUCCACACUGCUCCCGAGUCCACACACCCGCAUGUACCUCAAUUGAGGAUAGUCAGUCUGUCGCAUCCAACAUGCAAUCCUGCAGUCGAGGUGGAAGGUUACAAAUCAAACUAAACUGGCUGCUAGGCAACCGGACCAAACAAAGCGUCCGACACCUGGUGCUGGCUGGCUGGUUGGCUGCCUUGCCACAAACAGACGGAGCCAGAUGACCCCGGUGCUGUACUAUCUUCCUCCAUCGCCACCGUGCCGUUCCGUUUUGCUGCUGGCCAAACUGAUCGGUAUGGAACUGGAGCUGAAGACGCUGAAUGUGCUCGAGGGAGAACAGCUGAGACCGGAUUUUGUGGAACUGAAUCCGCAGCACACCAUUCCGACCUUGGACGAUCAUGGACUGGUGCUGUGGGAAAGCCGAGUAAUCCUUUCUUACCUGGUAUCGGCCUACGGGAACGACGAAUCUCUGUACCCCAAAGACUUCCGCUCGCGUGCCAUCGUAGACCAGCGGUUACACUUCGAUCUCGGAACACUGUACCAGCGAGUCGUGGAUUACUAUUUUCCCACCAUCAUGGUCGGCGCUCACUUGGAUCAAACGAAGAAGGCAAGAUUGGCCGAAGCGGUCGGCUGGCUGGAGGCGAUGCUCAAACAGUACCUGUGGGUGGCGGCCAAUCACUUCACGAUAGCGGAUCUGGCCUUGUGCGUCUCGGUGUCCCAGAUCGAAGCGUUCGAGUUCGAUCUGCAUCCGUAUCCGAAGGUGCGGGCGUGGUUGGCCAAGUGCAAGGAGGAACUGGAACCGCACGGCUAUAAGGAAAUCAAUCAAGUGGGAGCCGAAACGUUGGCCGGACUGUUUCGAUCAAAACUCAAGCAAUAGGACGGAAGCUGCUAGAUGUUUUCAGGGGCCAGCAAACAGGGAUGCAAACAGUGUCAAAAGUAUUUUGUAGAUUGUUGGUAGAUGAGGAAUGGAAAAUUUAUUCACUGAAGUCGAUGAGCACGGGAGGCGUCCUUUAAUUUUUUUUGACGAUUUUUCAUAUUUUUGAAAACAGAAAACUCCCAUUUAGUAUUUUGCGAUUAAAAUAGAACAGAAACAAGCAUUAGAUAGUUUCAGCUAUAAUUUGUGUGCACUGGAACGUCAAAGAAAAUAUCGCCUUUCGACAUAAUUGUGUAGCACUGAAAAGUUAUAACGAGGGACUCGAAACAGUUUCCAUUAUCAUUUGGUGUCGAUGGCCGCAAGCUGGAGGGAAGGGAUCUUGCGUUCAUUGUUCUGGAAAACGAUAAAUAGAAUACACAAUUUUAAACAUUGUCAUUCACAAAGGUUUGUCUGUCAGUUGACUUCUAACUGAAAUCCGAAAUUUUUUAUGAUUCUUGUAUUUGGCUAUGUAUGGGAACAGGCAGGGUCCACCAGAGCACCUCAUUAAAACGAUGUGGACAGGGAGAGUAGAAAUGCUGGUUAUCAUUUUACGUCGAACCUACUGUCAUUGGCCAUUAAUGUGUAUGAAAGUGCUUCUCUAAAGAAGUCUGGGAUAAGCAAAAAUGUUAUUUUAAUAGACUGAAGAUGACAAAACCGAACAGAAAUUUCAAAGGAUGCAAUUGCUUUCAAAUAAAAAGAUAAGGGUUAAAUUCUCACACAUCUUACGAUUUUUGAUGUCGAAUAGCUUUUCAUUACUAGAAAUGUUUAUAAACUAUUUAUGGCAAACUUUUAAAUCUUUUUUGGCUUGUAGAAGAAAUGAUUUCAAUACUACAAAUUACAAAGCUCUCAUUCCAUUCAUUGAGUUCACAUCACGUAUGCAUUCCUGUAGAGAUGAACACAUUUUCCUAUAGAACGUAUAUUGAUUAAAUUAGUUAUGAAAUUUGCGUUUCGACUUCGUCUCAUCAGAAUUCGACACUAACUUAGGGACAGGAAUAAGUCAGCCACGAAAAAUAGUUCUGCUCAGGAACACAACUUGUAUCUUCGUUUUUGGAGAUAGCAACCAUUCGGUACUAGCUUAGUCCUAUCACUAAGUUAGUGUCAGAUACUGAUGAGAUGAAAUAUAAAUGCAAAUUUCAUAACUAAUUUAGUUAUAGAUUUUUGUGCCGUUAACGCGCUCCUUACUGGAGAAAAAAUAGUUUUCACCCAAAUUUUUCCCCACUAAGAAGAAAUAUAGCAUAGUGAGAUA